AGCUGAUAGAAGGAGAGGCCGUGAUAUUUAUAUUCAUGCCAUAAACCUGAGGCAAUCCUUGGAGAUGCAAGCUUUCCUACAAGGUUAAAUUAAACAAGGGCGUUGCAGUGGGAAUAAUGGCGCAAGCAAACCUAUCUUAUGAUGCCGGAAAACAAACAGAAACGUAUGCACAAUUGCGAUGCGUGGAAGGAAGAAUAGAUGAGAUACACACUCAAAUAAUAAUGAUCUCAUCGAUCAACAUUUUUCUGUCCAUUACUGCAUUUCUUGGCAACACCCUGAUCCUGGUCGCCCUUCAUAAGAACUCUUCCCUUCAUCCGCCAUCCAUACUUAUGUAUCGUUGUCUGGCAACAACUGAUCUCUGUGUUGGUUUGAUCUUAGAACCUGCCGCCGUUAUUUAUUGGUUGUCCUUGGUUCACAAAGAUUGGAAUCUUUGUUUGUAUACGGUGACUACUUAUUUUAUAACAGGUUAUACUCUUUCAUCAGUCUCUCUCUUUACAAUUACCACAAUAAGUGUGGACAGACUUCUCGCCCUACUGUUGGGGCUGAGAUACAGACAAUUUGUGACUUUCAAGCGAAUAUAUUUGCUUCUUAUCGUAUUUUGGAUUGUUUCGAUCCUUGCUAGCACAUCGCACUUUAUAAAUCCCCACAUAGCUGUCUUGUGUAGCUACAUCUGUAUUCCACUUUGUCUGGUAACAGCAACGUUCUCGUACACAAAGAUUUUCCACCGUCUCCAUAACAUUCCAAAGUAUACUCUAUCACAACAAGGUAUCCAACAGCAAGGGCAACCAGCUCCUCUGAAGCUGACUCGAUACAGGAAGGCAGUGUACAAUGCACUGUGGGUGCAGUUGGCAUUGGUCGUUUGUUAUUUACCAUACAUCAUAGUCAUAGCAGCUGUGGAUAGAGGAAGGCCUCCAUCUAACUCUACAUUUGUUGUCUUUCAAUGUGUUGAGACCUUAGUUUUCUUAAACUCCUCGUUGAACCCGUUUCUAUACUCUUGGAGAAUUACUAAAGUGAGAAAAGCAGUAAAGGAGACAAUCAGACAAGUACUUUGCUGUCCAUGGAAUUGAAUGU